AUGGCGGCUAACUACAAUUGGCAGGCUAUCCACCCGGUCUACGGAGUACCACUUUCCGUCGUGCAAGCCACCGAGCAGCCUGUAAUCCGCUGCGACGUUCGUCAGAGGCACAACCUCCCUUGUAGAUCCUGGGCAGUUCGUAUUUCUACAUGGAUCAAUACUAACUAUUUCUUAUGGUCUUUGUGCGCUGGUCUCGCCGACUAUCGCUCCGACGAAGAAUGGACGAAUACCUUCGAGACCCACUAUCGGAAGACCUGGGAUGAGAUCCAGGCUAGAGUCCAGGAGAUCGAUGGGCCGUAUAGGUUCGGUAUACCCAUUCCGAUACCCCCAAUCUUGAGGGCUGUGGUCAUCCACCACCCCGAGACUGGCCCUGCAGAGACAUUCACAGUUUGCCCGGAGGCUCGCCCAUCCUAUCUUAUUCCUAAGGUAACUAGUAUGUCUCGCCAUGCUGUCUGGGGGCUUCUGCGGUUUGCCACUGAACACCAGUCCUCUUUGCCUGAUCAAUUUGAUGUAGUGCUCGAUAUGUCGCCGCUAGCGCCGUCGAACUCUGUAGAUACACAGAUUGACCGUAGGUUGGCUAAACAGAGUGUGGCUCGACACGACUCGAAGGAUGAGGUGGUAGACACAUACUACCGAUUUGGAAAUUGA